GACGGAGUCAUCCUGGACAUCGCGUCCCUGAAAAUGAACGAGCUGGAGACGGACGUCCCUCCGCUGCCUCCAAGGUACCGAUUUCGGGAUUUACUCUUGGGAGACCAGUCCUUCCAGAACGAUGACAGGUAACUGCCUGUCUUCUAUGUGCAGGAGUCUACUUUUCAGGAAAGGUGGAAAUUGGCGUUUGUACUAAACUAUAGAAGCAGUUUAAGAAUACGAAUCUUUAACUUCUCCCUGAAGGUACUCACUUGCCUUCUGUACAUACUGCGGGUUUUGUUGGAUGAUCCCAUGGAAGGAAUUGGAUGCUGGGGAUGUACAAAGAAGAAUUAUUUAAACACAUCAGCUAGUGAUGUAAUCGAUUGGGGUUCCAUAUUCUGGGUCAACAGGACGCUGUCGCUGUGGGGAAUUCAGGUUACAGUGGCCUUAAUUAGUUUCUUGGAAACCAUGCUCCUCACAUACCUAAGCUACAAGGGGAACAUCUGGGAACAGAUUUUCCGAAUAACAUUUAUCCUUGAAAUGAUCAACACUGUUCCUUUCAUCAUUACAAUUUUCUGGCCACCCCUGAGGAACCUCUUCAUCCCAGUCUUUCUAAACUGCUGGCUGGCCAAGCAUGUGUUGGAGAACAUGAUAAAUGACUUGCAUAGAGCCAUUCAGAGGACGCAGUCUGCUAUGUUUAACCAAGUCUUAAUAUUGAUUUGUACGCUACUCUGUCUUGUGUUUACUGGGACGUGUGGAAUCCAGCACUUGGAGAGAGCAGGAGGCAACCUCAGCCUUUUCAAAUCCCUCUACUUUUGCAUCGUCACCUUCUCUACCGUUGGAUAUGGUGAUGUGACUCCUAGGAUCUGGCUUUCGCAACUCCUUGUUGUCAUAAUGAUUUGUGUUGCUUUAGUCGUAUUGCCUCUCCAGUUUGAAGAACUGGUUUACCUGUGGAUGGAGAGACAGAAAUCUGGUGGUAAUUACAGCCGACACCGAGCGCAGACUGAGAAACACGUUGUAUUGUGUGUCAGCUCCUUAAAGAUCGACUUGUUGAUGGAUUUCCUCAAUGAAUUCUAUGCUCACCCCAGGCUUCAGGAUUACUAUGUUGUCAUCCUGUGCCCAACAGAGAUGGAUCUUCAGGUGCGCAGAGUGUUACAGAUUCCGCUCUGGUCACAGCGAGUUAUUUAUCUCCAGGGGUCAGCUUUGAAAGACCAGGAUCUCAUGAGAGCUAAGAUGGAUGAUGCAGAAGCCUGUUUCAUUCUGAGUAGCCGUAACGAAGUGGAUCGUACAGCAGCGGAUCAUCAGACCAUCUUGAGAGCUUGGGCUGUGAAGGAUUUUGCCCCAAAUUGCCCCCUUUAUGUUCAGAUUCUGAAGCCUGAAAACAAGUUUCACGUCAAGUUUGCAGACCACGUGGUGUGUGAAGAGGAAUUUAAGUAUGCCAUGUUAGCCUUGAAUUGCAUCUGUCCCUCCACCUCCACUCUCAUCACCCUAUUGGUUCAUACUUCCAGGGGGCAGGAAGGACAACAGUCCCCUGAACAAUGGCAAAGGAUGUACGGUCGAUGCUCAGGGAAUGAGGUUUAUCACAUCAAACUCGGUGACAGCAAGUUCUUCGGAGAAUACGAAGGGAAAAGUUUCACCUAUGCCUCCUUCCAUGCUCACAAGAAGUAUGGUGUCUGCCUGAUAGGCGCAAAGAGAGAAGAUAACAAAAGCAUUUUGCUCAAUCCUGGGCCCCGGUAUAUUAUGGUGAGCUCAGACACCUGCUUCUACAUUAACAUUACAAAGGAAGAAAAUUCAGCAUUCAUCUUCAAAGAGGAAGAGAAGCAAAAAAGGAAGGGUCUAAGUUCAGAAGGCAUCUUUGGUGGUGCUUCCAGGCUACCUGUCCACAGCAUCAUUGCAAGCAUGGGCACUGUCGCUAUGGAUCUACAGAACACAGAGUGCCGCUCAUCCAGUGGCGCCACAUUGACCUUGCCUUCAGAAAAUGGAGCAGGAAGUAGGAGGCCCAGCAUCGGGCCUGUCCUGGAGAUCGCUGACACUGCUGUCAUCUUACCAUGUGACCUCUUAAGUGAUCAAUCAGAGGACGAGGCCAAUCCAUCUGAUGAUGACAGCCUACCUGCCCCUGAGUAUGUGAAAGGAUAUCCUCCCAAUUCUCCCUACAUUGGAAGUUCUCCAACUCUCUGCCACCUUUUACCUGUGAAGGCUCCAUUCUGCUGUCUCCGAUUAGACAAGGGCUGUAGACACAACAGCUUUGAAGAUGCAAAGGCUUAUGGCUUCAAGAAUAAACUGAUCAUUGUGUCUGUGGAGACAGCGGGCAAUGGACUGUACAAUUUUAUUGUCCCCCUUCGAGCCUAUUACAGGUCCCGGAGAGAGCUGAACCCCAUCGUGCUGCUGCUCGAUAACCCACCAGAGAAUCACUUUUUAGAAGCUAUCUGCUGUUUCCCAAUGGUUUAUUUCAUGGUGGGAUGUAUUGAUAACCUGGAUAAUCUACUGCAGUGUGGGAUUAUUUAUGCUGAUAACCUGGUGGUUGUGGACAAAGAGAGUACGAUGAGCGCUGAGGAAGAUUACAUGGCUGAUGCCAAGACGAUUGUUAAUGUUCAAACAAUGUUCAGGUUGUUCCCCAGUCUCAGUAUCAUCACUGAAUUGACUCACCCAUCAAAUAUGAGGUUCAUGCAGUUUCGAGCCAAAGACUGUUAUUCACUUGCACUCUCCAAAUUAGAAAAGAAGGAACGUGAGAAAGGCUCAAAUUUGGCAUUCAUGUUCCGACUCCCGUUCGCUGCUGGAAGAGUGUUCAGUAUCAGCAUGUUAGACACACUAUUGUACCAGUCCUUUGUUAAAGAUUACAUGAUCCCAAUCGCCCGGUUAUUACUGGGACUUGACACUACGCCAGGCUCUGGUUACCUUUGUGCUAUGAAGAUCACAGAAGAUGACUUGUGGAUCCGAACAUACGGCCGACUCUUUCAGAAGCUAUGUUCUUCCAGUGCGGAAAUUCCGAUCGGGAUUUACAGAACAGAGUCACACAUGUUUUCCACAUCUGAGCCCAAAGAUGUGCAGGCUCAGUCUCAGAUCUCAAUCAACGUUGAGGAUGGGGAAGACGUUAAAGACGUGAAAGACCCUUGGGCUGGCAAGUGUCAUCGGAACUCCACUUCAAGCGACCAAUCAGAGCACCCAUUGCUGAGACGCAAGAGCAGGCAGUGGGCGCGCAGACUGAGUAGGAAAGGGAACAGGCAGACUAGUAAAACAGAUGAAAAGAUCAACCAACAGAGACAAGACCUAUAUCAUCGAUCAGAAAGGCAAGAGCUAUCAGAACUGGUGAAAAACAGAAUGAAGCACUUGGGUUUGCCCACAAUAGGAUACGAUGAAAUGAACGACCAUCAGAACACAUUAUCCUACAUUCUGAUUAACCCUCCUCCUGACACUCGCCUGGAGCUCAACGAUAUUGUGUAUCUGAUACGCUCAGACCCAUUGGCCAAUGUUCAAAAUGGUUCCCAUAGCCAGAAAAGCAGCUCAUAUCGGCUGUUCCCUUCCAAUGAAGAGGCAAGGAGUGAAACACAGCUAUGAACACUGGUCCUGCAAGAAUGAAGACCCACAUUUUGUACCUGCAAAUUUGCCAUUCUCUCCAAGCAGUGGGGCACGUGGCUCCAUCUAUUUAAAAAGGAAGCUGCUCUGAUCAUUUGAAGAUACAAGUUUACAGAUUGAAAGGCAUACUCAUUGGUGAUGUUACGCUGAUCAAACCUUGAAAAAUAAUUGAAUGACUCAACCAGGAGCAGCGUGCAGAGGAGGAGGUCAGAAACAGACAACGGUCUUAUUUUAUAUGUUUUUAUAUCAUGUAGAAUGCAAUGUGUGCAGUUUACCAUGUAAGGCACAGUAUAUUUAUUGACACACAGCACACUGGAGAUGAAUGGUACAAUUUUAGUUGUGGCUGAACAAUUGUCUUUGGUGCUUUCUACUGAAUAGUAUCCGUGGCAUUUAGUGCAUGUGUGGACAAAGCAUCAAGCCUUCCACUAUUCACAUGCCGAAGUUGCUCUAUCAACCUCUUUCACAAAGAAAUUUUUGGUGCCAAAGGGACAAGAAUCGUAAUAAGGUCAUUGUGUUAAGUGUACAAACUCAUUUCAAAACAAAGUGCAGGAGGAAUUGCCAUCUCAGAUGCAUCUUGUGCAGUCGGAUGUUUUUUUAACCCAAGUCUCCAGUGUUAACCUGUUGCCUUCAAUCCAACUGAGCUGAGAGCAACGUUCCAGUUAUCAAUGUGAAAGGAUGAAGCACAGAUGAAGAUCUGAGCUGGAAAAGUCAGAUGACAUGUGGGAGCAAGCAAACUGUUGCAGAUAUUAUCAGUCUGUUAUAUUUGCAAAUACAAUUUGCUCUCAGUGCGAUAGAGGAGAGGUGGGCUAUCUCGUUUAUAUUGCAGACUGUCAAGCCAUUUAUCAAACUUUCUGAACAUUUUUUUUAUCCAUUCUGCAACUAAAUGUCAUCCAGCACGGAUACAUGCUGCAAUCAGCCUAACAUGAGUAUGUGGCUGUACAUGAUUUUGACAAGUACAUUGUUUUUUUGUCUCUCAACGUAAAGGGAAUGCAGCCAGGCACUGGAAGCUUGAUAUCAAAAGGGAAAAUAUGGAAACGUAGGGCAAGUGCUACAACUUCUCAAACAGUUCUCAAGUCUAUCCAUUCACUACAGUGCCCAGUUCUUUCCCGUCUGCCUUGAUCUUUUGUGUCGGUAUUCUGGAGAAAUGCUAGAUUUAGUGAUUGAGUGUACAUGAAUUGAAUCCAGAAAUAGUCUGAACUAGUUAGAUGCAUUUUUCUUUUCCAGUGAACAAACAAAGGGAAAACAAAAGCACAACCAGUGGGGUAUGUAUGAUAGACCAGGUCCUCAAAACAAAUAGAAUCUCUUAAACUGAACUCACAAAUUGUAUCAUUUACUAUUUUAGCCACAAUAGCUAUGUUCUACAGUGUACAAUGCCUAAUGCCACUUAGAUGCUAUAAUUUGUGUUAGCCUUGUCUCCACUCUGCACCCCUACCCCCCACCCCAAGCAAGACUCUCUAAGCCACUGAACAUAAACAGGGGCACAUACAUGCUUAUGUAACGUGUACCAUUUGUAUAUAAGCUUUAGAAGAUAUUGGGAGUGCCUUGUGUCUACAGUCACCACUCACUUAGCCUCAGUGUGAAAGAUGUGUUACUGAGGGCAGCUUUCACGUUGUGCAAACAUUUGAAUCUGGUUAUCAUUGUUGCAUCAAAGUAAAUGCAGAAACUUCAUAACAACUUCACAGA